AUGGCAUCGACAAUGAGAUCCAUGAGAAGGAUCCUCACAAGGGCAUCCCGCUCCGCCGUAUCCCCAAUUGAACACACCGCCGCGCUCAGAACACCGGCCGGCCUCUUCUCCGCCAACCUCAGAGCAGCCAACAACAGCAGCACCAGCAAUGUAGGAGUUCGCCGCUCCUUCUCAACUUCUCCGCUUUGUCUUCGCGCGCGCACAAUGGGCCAAUUGAAGGCGCGGCACUCGACGGGCCCGUUCUCGUGGAAGGCGGCGCUGCUUUUCGUUUUGACGGGUGGUGGUAUGAUCAUUUACUUCCGGGUUGAGAAGGAGAGAUUGGAGCGCAAGCGCAUCGCGGAGAUGAGUAAGGGUGUUGGGAAGCCGAAGGUUGGAGGGCUGUUUACGUUGAAGGAUCUGGAUGGGAAGGAGUUUACGGCGGAGGAUUUGAAGGGGAAGUAUAGUUUUGUUUACUUUGGAUUCACCCACUGCCCUGAUAUCUGCCCCGAUGAGCUGGACAAAAUGGCCGAGAUUAUUGAUAAGGUGAAGGAGGCUACGAAGGGCGAGAAUAUCUUCCUGCCUGUGUUUAUUACUUGCGACCCUGCCAGAGAUACGCCUGAGGUGCUGCGCACCUAUCUGAAGGAGUUCCACCCUGGUAUUAUUGGUUUGACUGGAACGUAUGAUGAGGUGAAGCAUGUUUGCAAGCAGUACCGGGUGUACUUCAGUACCCCGAGGGAUAUUAAGCCCGGGGAGGAUUAUCUGGUCGAUCACAGCAUCUAUUUCUAUUUGAUGGAUCCCGAUAAUGACUUCGUCGAGUGCAUCGGUCGUCAGGACACGCCUGAGUCGGCUACGAGGACGAUCAUGGAACAUAUCAAUGACUGGAAGCGGGAGGGCAAGCCCCUUAAGAAGGACUAA